ACCACUGUGCUGAAAAUGCCUCAUUCAUUCAAAUUCCUUCUGCUCAUCUUCUGCCUCGUUCUUCUCACAGAAAGUAAAAAGCAUCGGAGAAAGAGAUGGACAAAUCAGGGAGAAAUGCCCAAACAGGCCAGCCAUGUAUAUAAAAAGAACCAUGAUAUCACAAAACUUCGAAGAAGUAAAAAUGACCAGCUUCUCAGAGUGAACGAACAUGACUUCUCUAUGAGACCUGCAUUUGGAGGUCCUGCAAUUCCUGUUGGGGUGGAUGUCCAAGUUGAGAGCCUGGAUAGUAUUUCAGAAGUGGAUAUGGACUUCACUAUGACACUGUACCUGAGACAUUACUGGAAGGAUGAGCGUUUGUCUUUCCCAAGCAGCACCAAUAAGAGUAUGACAUUUGACAGUCGACUUGUAAAGAAGAUAUGGGUGCCUGAUGUCUUUUUUGUUCAUUCUAAAAGAUCCUUUAUACAUGACACAACAACAGAUAACAUUAUGCUGCGAGUAUAUCCAGAUGGACAUGUUUUAUACAGCAUGAGAAUUACUGUGACUGCAAUGUGCAAUAUGGACUUCAGUCGAUUUCCUCUGGACACCCAGACCUGUUCCUUGGAGCUGGAGAGCUAUGCAUACACCGAUGAAGAUCUUAUGCUCUACUGGAAAAAAGGAAAUGAGUCCUUGAAAACAGAUGAAAAGAUCUCAUUAUCUCAAUUCCUGAUUCAAAAAUUUCAUACUACAUCUAGACUAGCCUUCUACAGUAGCACAGGGUGGUACAAUCGGCUGUAUAUUAAUUUCACACUGAGACGUCACAUCUUCUUCUUUCUGCUACAAACAUAUUUCCCUGCAACUCUUAUGGUCAUGCUGUCCUGGGUCUCAUUCUGGAUAGAUCGCAGAGCCGUACCUGCCAGAGUUUCCCUUGGUAUAACGACAGUACUGACCAUGUCAACAAUAAUUACUGGAGUAAACGCCUCCAUGCCCCGAGUAUCAUACAUUAAAGCUGUUGAUAUAUACCUUUGGGUUAGUUUUGUGUUUGUUUUUCUAUCGGUGCUGGAAUAUGCUGCUGUCAAUUACCUAACAACAGUACAAGAGAGAAAAGAGAGAAAGAUGAGAGAGAAGUUUCCCUGCACAUGUGGGAUGUCUCACACAAAGACAAUGAUGAUGGAUGGAAUGUAUGGAGACCCUGAAACCAACAGUCUGGCUGGAUACACUAAAAGCCAGAUUACCACAGAAGAUGUGGAGAAGCAGGACAAAAUGGUGGUGCACUUGGCCUUGAGUCCAAAUUCCACCACCUCCAAAAAGAAAGGACGUAAGGGCCAUGUUGGCUUGCGGCUAAUGCAGCAUACUCAUACAAUCGAUACGUAUUCUAGGAUGAUCUUUCCAGCAUCCUUUAUCUUUUUUAACCUGAUAUACUGGUCUGUGUUCUGCUAA